AUGUAUCCAGGAUUCGUUGGAACAGUUUUAUCUCAUUUUUUUUCACUUUUGUCGACAGUAUGGUCCAUUUUUAUAAUACAUAGUUGCAGUUAUUCACUCAAAAACCUUUACUACAUUCGAUUUGCAUUUCUUUUAUUAGCUGCCAAUUCUAGUCUGGGUUUAGUCAGAUAUGGUAGUUCUGAUGGAUAUAAACUUCGAAGAUUGCAUAUAAUAUCUUUAAAUGUCAGUAUCAUAUUAUAUUUUACAAUUGUCGAAGUAACUUUUUUACAUAUGAUUCAAUCAUGGUGGCCAUUGUUUUACAUUCCUGCUUUAAAUAUAUUUCCACUCAUUUAUAAUGCAAUGGCAAAAGACUACAGGACAAAUGAAAACUAUUAUGGAAUGGCUUUUUGUUUAAGCUAUGCAUUUGGUUAUUUUAUUAUCGGAGAAAGUGGAUAUUUUUUGGAUACAGAAUUACCUUCAGUCGAUGCAUUUCAAUAUUUGACAUGUUUUCUUAACUACUUUGCUGCAUUUACUCUUUGUAAUUAA